AUGGUUGAAAGCGACGACGUAAGCAAUCCAAAUGGUGAAACUUUGACGAAAAAGCGAUUCUUCAGUGAAGAGUUAGAGUCGAACAAUGACGAAGAUGCUGCACUUUUGGAAAAUCAGGACUCAUUCUUAUUUCAAGCGCCUGAUUCGAGCGUCAAACCCAUCGAGACUGUGCUAUCGGAGUCUAAGGAAUUGCAAGAUAUGAUCCCGGGUCUUUCAAGUAUACAAGCCGCCGAUUUGCUGGCGAAAACAGGUGUGGAGGAUGAUAGGAACACGAGAAUUUCAAGCGCCGUAGAGGCAUAUUUCGGGAAAGAGCCUAGUCAAGAACCCACCUUGAAAGCUUCAGCAAAAAGCUCACCCGUUAGUAACCUCUCAAAAACGCUUUUUUCAAGACUAUCGCCAAACAGAGAGCGCAAAAAAGUACGCGAUUAUGGUGAGAGACUCCAAAAGAAACCUCGUCCUUCCGUCAAAUGGCGUCAUUUCAUUGGGUCUAUCCAAGUAAGUGCGUUAGCCACAAGACCAACGGUUAAGCCAUUGAAAUAUGGGAGCGAAUUGAAAAUUGUCAAGAUUGCUUGUGAAGCGUCUUCAAAACUGUACAGCGCCAGUGGACGUAAAAGAGGGUCCAUGGCAAACUUCGUGCGGCUUGUGGACGUUGGGCUUGGCCGUGAAGUUGGUCGUGUCCCGGAAGAUAUUGCGAUGAUAUUAUUCCCGCUUCUCGACGGCGACGAACUGGACUUUGAAGCCACUAUGAUAUAUUGUAACAACACAAGGCUUAGCGUUGGGGACUCAUUUAUAAUACAGCUCGAUUGCUUUUUGACCUCAGUGGUUUUUGAGAGCAGUCAUUCUGGCAGUGAAAGAACUACAAUUAACGGCGUCAAUUCCGAAAAGCGUGCCUUUUCCGCGAACGUCGUGGAGAGCGGAGAAGAGUUGCAAAUGAGAUCCAGGCGUCUGGCUCUUCUGUCAUUAUUUGACCAAGUUCAACUCCGACCACUAGUGCUGGGGUCCGAUGAAACUCCAGAAAGCACACCUGAAGCAGCAGAGGUCAUCGACCUUGAUGUUGCUGAUAGUGACGCCCAUAUUGUCUCUGAAAAGGACGAGAUUCAACCUACCCAAAUUCAGGAAGACCUGCUGAAUGUAAAUCAGUUAAAGUCUCUCUACAAAGCCACCUUGUCUAUUGAAUCUUCUAAACACUUGCCAGAGACGACACCCAACCCUAAAGUAUUCAAACUGGACCUUCGAGCGUAUCAAAAGCAAGGUCUUACAUGGCUUCUGCGGCGUGAGCGCGAAUUUGAUGAAGUGCCCGACUCGGCUGCUGCGUCAAGCGACAUUGAAGGGAGCAUGAUGAAUCCCUUGUGGAAACAAUUCAGAUGGCCAAAAGAUUUAUCUUGGGCUGCACAGAAGAUUAAAGGCAACUCUUUUGAUACUCAAGAUGACGAGUUCUUUUACGCCAAUUUGCAUACGGCCGAAUUCUCUCAAGAGAAACCGGUUCUUAAGUCGCUAUUGAAAGGAGGGAUUCUGGCAGACGAAAUGGGUCUUGGUAAAACCAUCAGCAUACUAUCAAUGAUUCUUAUGGUGCCGUUUGAUAAAAUGUACGUGAAACAAAAGCUUUUCGAAGAUACACCCGAGGUAGAGAGCUCCAUCUCAGAAUGUCUCUCUCAAUCACCCCAACAUACUAAACCAUACGCUUUCGGUACUACUCUGAUAGUUGUACCAAUGUCUUUGCUAUCCCAGUGGCAACAGGAAUUCGACAAAGCGUCCGCAGCUGAUAAUGUCCAUUGUGAAAUAUACUAUGGAGGAACCACAGGAAGUUUGAGGACUUUGCUAACAAAGACAAAGAACCCACCUGCUGUGCUUUUGACAACGUAUGGCACAGUGCAACAUGAAUGGAGUCGUCUCGCAACCAACGGCACUGCACAUGUAGAAGAUGACGCUACGGGUCUUUUCUCUGUUGAGUUUUUUCGGAUUGUAAUUGACGAGGGCCACACAAUCAGGAAUAGAAACACGCGGACUUCCAAAUCGAUGGUCGACCUUUUUAGCUCAAGGAGAUGGAUUUUAACGGGUACCCCAAUUAUAAAUCGUCUUGACGAUUUAUACAGUCUGGUAAAAUUCAUGCGACUUGAACCGUGGUCCCAGGUUGGAUAUUGGAAAUCCUUCGUGUCUGAGCCGUUCGAAAAGAAAAACUACAAAGGUGCCUUUGAUGUUGUAUCAUCGAUUCUUGAGCCAGUGAUUUUACGGAGAACUAAACAAAUGCGUGACGUAAAUGGAAAGCCAUUGGUCGAGCUUCCUCCUAAAGAGGUCAGUAUCGAGAAGGUAAAUUUCAAUAGGCAUGAGGAUGCGCUUUACAAAUUUUUUUUGGGCAAAGCCGAGAGCUCUGUCAAAGAGGGCCUGGACCGAGGUGAUCUGCUGAAAAAAUACUCCACAAUAUUGGUUCACAUCUUAAGACUACGACAAGUCUGCUGCCACGCGGAUCUGCUCGGAUCGCAAGAUGAAAAUGACGAUGAUCUAGCAGGUAACAAAAUGCUCACCGAGAACUUCAACACAGAUAAGGCGCUUUCGAAUGAACUUACAUCGAAUAUUGCGGUAAGCGAAGAUGAGGCCAAUGUCAUUCUGAGUAAAAUUAAAGAUAAAUUCCCCACAAGCGACAGCUUUAAAAAGCUAGAAUGUUCCAUCUGCACAGCAGAGCCCAUAGAGCCAGUGACACAGAUUGUUCUUACAGAAUGUGGACACGCAUUUUGUGAAAUGUGCAUUCUGGAGUACAUUCGCUUUCAGUCUGAGCGACAACAGGAUAUAAAAUGUCCAAAUUGCCGCUUCGAGGUUGAUCCCAGGCGACUUGUGUCAAUACAAGCAAAUCCCAAUGGAGAAUUGAAGCCGGUGCUUUACGACACAGGUUCCAAAUCUUCGAAAAUUACUUCAUUAAUGAAAAGCUUGAGGCGAUUACAAGACGCGUGUCCUGGUGAACAGGUAGUUGUCUUUUCACAGUUUUCGUCCUUUUUGGACAUAAUGGAGAGAGAAUUGUCUGCGUCCUUUCCGAAAUCUGACAUGAAAGUUUACAAAUUCGAUGGACGGUUGUCAAUGAAGGAACGUUCGAAGGUUCUUGCGGAUUUUGCCGAGAAAGAUCUGACAAAACUGAAAGUACUGCUGUUGUCCUUAAAGGCUGGAGGUGUCGGGUUGAAUUUAACUUGUGCGUCUAGGGCAUUUAUGAUGGACCCCUGGUGGUCGCCCAGCUUGGAGGACCAAGCAAUUGAUCGGAUACACCGAAUUGGUCAAAUUAAUGAUGUCAAAGUGGUAAGGUUCAUCAUGGAGCACAGCAUUGAAGAAAAAAUGUUACGGAUACAAGAGAGAAAGCGCUCGUUGGGCGAAGCAGUUGAUGCUGACGAGGACGAGCGGAGAAAGCGUAGAAUUGAAGAGAUCCAAAUGCUUUUUGAGUAG